UUAAAUGUAAUGUUUAUGUUUCAUACAUGGCUUUUCUUACAAUCCUAACAAUUUAAGUAUGGGUUUUCUUACGAUCCUAACGAUACAUACGUUCAACCUUUUGGCAGCUAUCUGGCUCCAUACAUAAUCCAACCUCUCCCCGUUUUCCAGUCGUUCAGUACAGCACUGUUUCCUAUCAAUUGAAUGCCCCAGAACGUACAAACGUAUUGAACUCAGCCAACUACAAUUUAGCUUUCUGCCACAUGCAAGUAAAUCGACGCUUUUCAUUGGCUGAUAUGCAUUUUUAACUGGAGAAUCCAUUUAACUUUAAAUGGUUGCUUAUGUUCGCAAGUACGGCACUGAGGUCUCUUAGUUAUGUCCAACGUUAUCAAUGAACAAUACAUGUUUUUCUUGACCAAAUGCGACACAAUCCCAUUGCCUUCCAGUCAAAAAACUACACUAACCGCGUUGUCUGCAUUGCGUCUUAUUUCACCCAGGACAAAGUGCAGAGUUGUGUCUCUCGCUUCACAUAUGCGACUCUGGCUGUAAACAUACACUCACUUCCCUGAAAUGGAAACUGGGCGGAGAUCUCGUUCCUGAAGCUCGAAAGUGAAAGUAUAAAAAGCAUUAUAGAAGGCUUGAUGCUUUUUGUAGCUUGAUGGUUAACAUUAUCACAGGUUUUUAAACCGUGUAAGGCUUAUCAUUAUCGUAUCCUAUGUGGGCUGUACAUGGAGCAAUGAGAUUGCGCGCAUGUCGGCCCCUUCCUCAACUGUUCAUCGAGUGUGUGCCACGGACACCACCAUUUUUGAUCAAUGCUCAGGAGCCUCGGGACUGUCAAGAGCCUCGGGACUGUCAGGAGCCUCGGGACUGUCAGGAGCCUCGGGACUGUCAGGAGCCUCGGGACUGUCAGGAGCCUCGGGACUGUCAGGAGCCUCGGGACUGUCAGGAGCCUCGGGACUGUCAGGAGCCUCGGGACUGUCAGGAGCCUCAGGACCCGGAUGAUUCACAAAGAAUCAAACAGAACAGAAAAAGGAUGAUCAUUACAGGAGCAGCAGCAACAGUGGGAGCAACUGCAGCAGUGUUGGGGGCACCAGUAGCCCUGGGAGUGGCAGGUGUGACUACUGUUGGGGUUGCUGCAGGAGCAACUGCAGGGGGCGCCGCAAUAGGAACGGGUACAAUUGCUGCAACAGCAACAGUGGGAGCAGUUGCGGCAGUGGCAAUGGCACCAGUUGUCCUAGGAGCGAUAGGAUUCACUGCUGGUGGGAUUGCUGCUGGAUCAUAUGCAGCAAGCAUGAUGUCUGCAGCGGCCGUGGUAAAUGGAGGUGGGGUAGCAGCAGGGGGUCUUGUCGCUGUUCUACAGUCAGCAGGUGCUGCAGGGCUUUCAGGAGCGGCUACAGCAGCGGUGGGAGGUGCUGGAGCUGCGAUUAGUGGAGCCUUGGGAUGGGUGGCCGCAGGAGCAGGGUUCUCAGGAGCGGCAGCAGCUACUACAGCAGCUACGGCAGGUGCUGCAGGGCUCUCUGCAACGGCUACAGCAGCCGCGGGAGGUGUUGGAGCAGCAGUUGGGGGAACAGCAGGAUGGCUGGCCUCAAGGACUAGGACACCUGAAAAGGAGGAAGGAAAAGAUACAGGAGCAGCUACAGCAGCUGCUGCAGGAGGUCUUCCUCUAGGUGCCUCAGGAGAGGCUACAAAGGCUGUGGGAGGUGUUAGAGCAGCAGUUGUUGGAGCGUCUGAAGGGGAGGGAGGAGUCGAGGAGAGAGGGCUUUCAGGAACGACUACAGCAGCUGCAGAAGGUGCUGCAGGGCUUUCAGGAGAGGCUACAGCAGCUGGGGGUCGUGUUAAAACAGCAGUUGGUGGAGCGGCGGGAUGGCUGUUCUCAAGAAUCAGGACGUCUAAAAAGGAGGGAGGAGAGUAAAGAGGGAAGAGAGAGGAUGAGAAGAGGGCCCUUUACAUAAAAACUGUUGAUGUUAUGAAUGUUUUUUUUUGUUGCUCCUUAAUUAUUUGUUAUUUUUAUAUUUUUCUCAUUGGAAGGUUGCAAGUUCAAACCCCCGAGCUGACAAGGUACAAAUCUGUCAUUCUGCCCCUGAACAGGCAGUUAAACCACUGUUCCUAGGCCGUCAUUGAAAAUAAGAAUUUGUUCUUAACUGACUUGCCUAGUUAAAAUAAAGCUACAAAAAAAAAUCAUUUUUAUUUCAGAUUUUUGAGUUUAUUUUAGUAAAUAUUUUCUCGCUAAAAAAACAUGAGCAGGUGCAGAGUAAUAGUUUGUGUGGAAGUGCUUUCUAAUGACGAAUAAACUAUGAAAAUAAAGAAAGUUGCACUCUCCAUGUAUAAACCCCCAGCAAUUUAAUGGGUAUUUACCAACCUUUCGGCAUAGUAAAUAUUUUCUCAACACUCUUUUUCUUGGUUAAAAACUUCUUAAGAUGUAUUUUUUAAGGGCUUGUAAGUAAGCAUUUUACUGUAAGGUCUACCCACACCUGUUGUAUUUGGUGCGUGUGACAAAUAACACUUGAUUUGAUUUUGAUUUGAAUGAUUUCAUAAUGGUGUUAUGAGUGCAUAUGUAAACCCCCUUUUGGUGUUGCCAAAACACAUACUGGUAUAUACCCACUCAACAUGUAUUGCAAACAGAUGCAUGCACAUCCACUCAGAGGAACAAUUAUGCAUGUGACAAAAUAAUUAACAAACAUACUUUCAAAAUAGAGGUCUAUUGUAUAAUGGAAACAUGUUUUUUUUAAUUGUCAACAUACCCAGCCCUUUGACACACCAAACACAGAACAGGUGUGUAAUGUGCUUUGCAGGUGUGGUUCCCUUGCACAUGCUGAAUAAAUGUAAUUCAACCACUGCAAACCCUCAUACUUCCUGGUGAACUAAUUUUCCGGUGGAGUUUCAUUCAAAUAAGUUUUCAGUACAUUUAUUUCUAAAGACAUCCCUUUAAAUUUGGUGAAAAGCACCUGUUAAGUCGAAUUUUCUCAACAGACUCACUAGAAUAUAUGGAGAGAAUGUUCCGAAUUUUAGAAAUCAAUGAGAGAAAGUAAUUUAAAUACACACAUUUGUCUCACUUCAGCACUUAUUAAAAAAUACUCUGAUCUUGUAUUAUAUUUCGGGUUCGGAAAGAAUUUAUGAAUAAAAAAAACAGGUUUGAAAAGCCUGAAAGUUGACAUAUUCAAUUGGUCAAUCGAUUAAAUAUUGGAAGGUGAGAGGUGUACAAUAGGGGUUGAACAAGGAGUCCUAUAAAUCUACCCUAAUAAUCGUCACUAAUUACAGAUGACAACGGUCCAGUAGUCGUAAACCGUGCGCCAGACUCCAGGUUUUAUACUGCUAGGUAUGGUCUGCGUUCCAUAAAGAUUCAAAUAGGCUACAUGCCCUUAAUGAUUGCACAACAUGUAAUACGUCAGCGUAAUAUGAUCCACUAUUGCUAGCAAUACUAAAGAACAACCACACAAACGUGACAGAGGAAAGAUUUAACAAUGGAAUUAUGAGUGGCGUCUUUAGGCCUAGGUUUCCGGGGCUUCAGCCCAAGAGGUUUUUGUUCCGGAAAGAAAUUGUUUUUCUGACUGAACCACAUAUCUUUUGACAGUAACGCAGUGUCCCGUUUUGGACUGAAGCUGCACUUUACAAAAUUAUAUUUAACCCUGUUUAAAAUGAACAAUGUUGAGGUGGUAGAACUGACCAAAUGAAAUGAAUCGUAGACAUAUUAUAACCUAUUCCAUUCUACAGGUGGCUCAUGUCUAUUAUUUCCAUAUAAGCUAUGUAACUAUUUGUUAAAAAAAUAAAUAAAUGAAAAGUGAAUUUA